UGCAGGAUGGCCAAGAACAAGAAGGCCAAGCAGCCGCCGGCAACACACGCGGCCAAGGCGCCGGCAAAGACCGAUGACGUGGCACCGCCUACGCGCUUCUUCAAGCUCGAGGUCGGUCGCGCCCUGCAUGGCUCGUCGGACCCGCGCUCGGUCCAGAUCAUCACGCGCAUCAACAUGCACCUCGCCGACAUGAAGGGUCAUGGCUUUGCGACUGGCGAUGCGAUCGUGAUUUGCGCGGCAGGCGACGACGAUGGGCCCGGGCGUGCGCUUCUGUCGGGUCUGGUGUGGCCUUCGGAGAAGACGAAGCGAGGCAUGGUUGUUGUCGGGUCUGUCUGGAAGGACGCAAUGGAGCAGCUAAGCCUCGACGCGGUCGAGGUGUGCGGCUUGUACAAGCACCCACACGUGACGCGCGUCGUUGCUACUGGCAUCACGCUCCAAGCGCUACCGAAUGCGCAAGGACUCCUUCCGUCGCUGGCCGAGAAGGAGCAGGUGCUCUUGACAACAUACGUGCGCUCGAUGCUGCUUGGCGCGAUGUUGCUCGAGAACGCGAUCCUAGUCCUCUCCGUACACGGCGUGGCCCGGCGUUUCCAGGUGCUUACGUGCGUCGGGAAGACACCGCUCUCGGCGCCGACCGACACCAACAUUUACGUCAUCAUGGCCAACACGACCACGACCGUCCAUUGGACAACAACGAAUCCGUCGCUUACGCCAGCGUCCGCGCCGUUGGCACAGUCGUUCGACGCAAUCGGCGGCUUGCGCGACCAGAUCGACGCUGUACGGCAACUCAUCGAGCAGCCGCUCGUGAACCCGGGGCUGUUCGCCCGCUUUGGUCUGCCGCCGCCGAAAGGCGUCCUUCUGUAUGGCCCGCCAGGUACAGGCAAGACCAUGAUUGCGCGCGCGGUCGCUGCAGCCGCCAAGGCCAAGGUGUUUACGAUCAACGGCCCCGAGCUCGUGAGCAAGUUCGUCGGCGAAAGCGAAGCCAACGUGCGCGCGAUCUUUCAAGCGGCCGCCGCGCAGAGCCCCGCGCUCGUCUUCAUUGACGAGAUCGACGCGCUCUGCCCCAAGCGCGAUUCCAACGUCGGCGACAUGGAGCGGCGGGUCGUGGCGACGCUUCUGACGUGCAUGGACGGCCUCGAUGCGGCGCCUGGCGUCGUUGUCUUGGCCGCGACCAACCGCCCGAACGCUUUGGACCCGGCACUGCGCCGACCUGGUCGCCUUGACCGCGAGAUUGAGAUUCCGAUCCCGUCUGCCGCCGACCGACUGCUCAUUUUGCGCAAGACACUGAGCCGCAUGCCGCACACAGUCUCGGACCAAGACCUCGAAGCGAUCGCAAGCCGCGCGCACGGCUACGUCGGUGCCGACCUCAGUGCGCUCUGCAAAGAGGCAGCGCUGCUGGCGCUGAGACGGUCCAUCGACCACGUGACGGUGUUACCAAGUGACAUGACCGCCGCGAUGACCAAGAUCCGCCCGAGCGCGCUCCGUGAGAUUACGUUGGAUGUACCGCGCGUGCUUUGGAGCGAGAUUGGUGGCCAAGGCAACAUCAAGCAGCAGCUGAAAGAGGCCGUCGAGUGGCCGCUCCAGCACCCCGAGGCCUUUGUGCGCAUGGGCAUUCGUCCACCCAAAGGCAUCUUGCUCUACGGUCCGCCAGGGUGCUCCAAGACGCUAACGGCCAAGGCGCUCGCGACCGAAGGUGGCAUGAACUUCAUCGCGAUCAAGGGCCCCGAGCUCUUCUCGAAAUGGGUCGGCGAGUCGGAGAAGGCGAUCCAGUCCAUCUUUGCCAAGGCCCGCGCCGCCGCGCCCAGCGUCGUCUUCUUUGACGAGAUCGACGCGGUCGCCAGCUCUCGGUCCGGUGGGAGCUCGUCCAGUGUCGGCGACCGUGUCUUGAGCCAGCUUCUCAACGAGCUCGACGGCAUCGAGCCCCUGAAAAAAGUCAUCAUCGUCGCGGCUACCAACCGACCGGAUCUGAUUGACGCUGCGCUCAUGCGACCGGGUCGCAUCGACCGCGUGCUCUACGUCGGACCCCCGGACGCAACUGCCCGCGAAGAGAUCCUGCGCAUCCACACGCGCAAGAUGCCGUUGGACGCCGACGUCGACAUGGCAGCGCUCGGGCGCUGGACCGACCGCUUCUCCGGCGCGGAGCUCGCUGCCUUUUGCCGCGAAGCUGCGCUCGCUGCGAUCCAAGAGGACACGAGCACGCGCGCCGUUGCGUCGCGGCACUUUACGACCGCACUCGCGAUGAUUACGCCGCAAAUCGAUGACAAAAUGCUCGACUUUUUUGCCAAGUACCGCGACAAUCAUCGAGGGGCCUAAGCUGCGAGAAUAAAACC